AUGAGAGAUGUUUUACCUGAUAUUAUAGCUCAAAACCAGGGGGCAUUUGUGCAUAGCAGGUCUAUUGCUCACAAUAUUAUGGUAUGCCAGGAUAUUAUUAAAGGCUAUGAAAGGAAACACAGUGCUGCAGGGUGUCUCAUCAAGUUGGACCUGCAAAAAGCUUAUGAUACAGUAGACUGGAACUUUAUGGAGGAAAUGUUGGUUGGGUUGAAGUUUCCCUCUCAUUUUGUUCACCUAAUCAUGCAGUGUGUUAGAUCACCCAGAUUUUCACUCUCAAUCAAUGGUUCUUUACAUGGUUUUUUUGAAGGGAAAAGGGGACUCAGGCAAGGUGAUCCAUUUUCACCACUUCUGUUUGUUCUAUGUGUAGAAUACCUGUCCAGAAUUUUAACAAUUGUGGGAGAAAAGGAAGGGUUUCAUUUCCAUCCAAGGUGUAAAAAAACUAAGCUGACACACCUGUGUUUUGCUGAUGACAUCAUUCUGUGUUGUAAAGGUGAGUUCAAGUCAGUCAAUCUGUUGAUGCAAGGGUUUAAACUAUUUUCUGCAACCACUGGGCUUCAGGCUAGUGCUGCUAAAACAUCUGUGUAUUGUUCUGGUAUGCCAGAUCAGGAAGUGAAGAGAGUGCUUGACAUGACUGGGUUUGCUCAUGGGACUUUCCCAUUUAGGUAUCUUGGCAUUCCUAUAUGCUCAAAAAGAAUCUCCAUUGCUGAAUGUUACAAACUUGUGGAGAGAAUGUGCAUUAGAAUCAAAAGUUGGAGUGCUAAAUUUCUAUCAUUUGCUGGUAGAUUGACUUUAGUUAGCUCAGUGCUUAUGGCUCUUCAGAAUUACUGGGCACAGAUCAUGAUCUUGCCUAAAAGUAUGUUUAAAGUUGUAAAUAGCAUUUGUAGGAGCUUUCUGUGGAAAGGAACAGCUGAUUCAAGUGUACCUGGAAAAGUUGCUUGGUCUACUGUUUGCAAAUCAAAAAAUGAGGGUGGUUUGGGGCUCACCAAUCUGAGGAUGUGGAACAUUGCUGCUAUGGGUAAGCAUGUAUGGUUGAUUGCCAAAAAAAAGAAGAAUAUAUGGGUUCAGUGGAUACACUCAGUAUACUUGAAAGGCAAAUCCUGGUGGGAUUAUUCCCCUAAAAAUGAUGAUAGUUGGUACUGGAUGGCCAUUUUCCAGAUCAAAGAAUUGAUGAAGCAACACAUUACUGAAAACCAGUUGAUGGCUAUCAGUAAGUACUCUAUUAAGGGAGCUUACUUGAAACUGGUGGGUUCUGCUCCAGUUCAUUAUUGGACUAAUGCUAUAUGGGGGAGACUGGGUCAUCCUAAACACAGAUUUAUCAUCUGGCUUGCUUUGCUUGGCAGGCUAAACACCAAAGAUAGACUAAUGAAGAUUGGUGUCACAACUGAUAGCACAUGUCUGUGGUGUGGCAUUGCAGUGGAAGACCACAGGCACCUGUUCAGUGGUUGCUUGUUCAGUGUGAGAUGUUGGCAGCAGAUUGGCUCUUAG